AUGGUAUCGAAAGGGGUAAUGUUGUUGUCUUGUCAUGGGAUUGUGUGGGUUGGGGCCCUUGCUUUCGCGCUGUGGGCGGGCGCUGUCAAAGCAGCGCUCUACGACACCGCUACACCGUACACUCCGCCUUACAAUCGCAAAUAUAUUCCUUUGCAUCCUAACGAUGAUCCAUAUGAGAAUAACGAAGCAGUUGCUGCCUCCGACGAUUCAGUUUCCGGUGGAUCUAGUAUAGCGCCCUCUCAAUAUAUUUUGGCAGCACUGAAAACUAUUUUAGAGGUCGUGAACAAAAUGAAUAAGCAACGUGCAAUGACCAAGGCAAUUUCACCCGCUGCAAACUCAACUGCUGCUAUUUUGAAAAGGAGAAAGCCUUCGAACAAUACUUUAGUUGAAACCGGACGAGGACUCGAAGACUAUUAUGAUGAGCACCACUAUCACGACCACGACCCGACCACAACGACUGCAAAGCCGAUGAAGCAAGGCAGGUAUACCGACCCAUGGGCUGGCUACUACGAUUGGAUAAUCAACGAAGGCUCCUUCAAGUUCUGGAGCGUGUUUCAAUUAUUUACAGCUGCUCUUCUGCUGUACGCUUGCCUCUCUGCAAUCUAUUACGCGAAAUUCAAUCCUAUUCUCCCGGACUACAGCAUGGAAUAUGAUGACUACUUUUUAGAGCGAACGGUCGGGAGAAAAGCCAGGAGCUUAGAACCCGCCGAAUUACCAUCUGGUCUAUCCUGGAUUAACCCACAGACCUUCCAAUUCAUUAUGGAUGCUAUUUCAAAGCAUUACGAAUCAGAAUAG